AACGCGUUCCGCGGGACUUGUGCCGCGUUCGGGCGUGAUACGAUCAUGUCUCCUGUCCCGAAAUGACGAGCAGGAGAAAGUGCACGAAGCUGCAGCUGCGCCGCUCCAUCAGCGAACAGCUGCGGGACUCCACGUCGAAGGCUUGGGAUCUGCUCUGGAGGAACGUCCGGGAGAGGAGACUCGCAGAGAUUGAAGCUAAGGAGGCCUGUGAUUGGUUGAGGGCAGCAGGAUUCCCACAGUACGCCCAGCUGUAUGAGGAUUCCCAGUUUCCCGUCGAUAUACCUGCUGUGGAGAAGGACCAUGACUUCCUGGAGAAAGAUCUGGUGGAGCCUCUUUGUCGGCGGCUCAACACUCUGAACAAGUGCGGCUCCAUGAAACUGGACGCGGGCUUUUCCAAAAAGCGAAGCUCGGACUCGGACUCGGACGAUCCGCUGGCGCUCAGCCACAGAUGGACGUUUGAGGGGAGCAGCCGGCGCUGGUCCCGCCUGCAGGACUCGGACGCGCCCGUGGGUGCGGCGGGUCGACUGAGGACAGUGAGCAGCGAGAGCGUCCUGACCGACCUGAGCGAGCUGGAGAUCUGUUCGCUGCACAGCGAGGACUCGCUGUCCGUCAUGCCCGACUCCGCCUCCCUCAGCCCGCUGGGCGCGCCCCCGUACCCGGACCUGCCCAGAUACAGCACGCUUCCUGCCAAGAGCGGUCGGCACGGGCGGGCUCGUGCCAAGGACUUCCUGAGGCGUAUGGAGACAAUAGGGCGCUCGUGGACUAUGUCUCGGGCGUGUCCGGAGCGCCACCCAGUGGUCAUCGGUAGGCCGCUCAUGCAAAGCGAGUCUGAUGCUUUUAAAAUGUUCCACUGCCCCCGUGUGGCCAACGGAGACGCUGCAGAGGCACACGCCACCAGCGACUGCUCGCUUAUUACCAGCAGCAAGGAGACCAGCGCUAAUUCUAACUUGAAGGGGGGCGAUGCCAGGCAUGCAGGAGUGUACCUGGAACACUCGAACUUGUUCUCUAGUGCCCCCCAAAGGAGGAAAAGUGAGGAACACAGCCACAGGAGCGCGUUCCGCUCUUACGAGGACCUGCUAGUGCACGUCCCCAAGGACCACAGGCCGGGAACGUUUCCGAAGGCGCUGUCCAUCGAGAGUCUGACCCAGGACAAACGGCGCGUUCAGGAGUCUGACCCGAACCAGCAGUGGAGACACAGAAAACGGGCGGGGCCGGAGAACCGGCCCGCGACUCGCUGCUGCCGACGCGAGAGCCGGAUCAGCGUUUACGACAACGUCCCCGGGUCGCACCUGUACGCCAGCACGGGCGACCUGAUGGACCCGGGAGAGGACGAGGACCUGUUCCCGCACCUGGACGACGUCCUGCAGCACGUGAACGGCCUGCAGCAGGUCGUGGAUCGCUGGUCCAGAAACGCGCUCCCCGAGGGAGAGGGCGACCAGGGGCAGGAGCGCGGGAUGACGGGCGCUCGGUCUUCCAGUCAGAUCACGCUGGAUUUGGAAGGGACCUCCGUGAACACGCCCAGCGACGGAGGCAGGGACGGCGUCUCGCUCAACGACACGGACGCCUCGAGUACGAGAGAGCGGCGGGACUCCGGGGUGGGGGCGUCGCUCACCAGGCCUCGGUGGCCCAGCUUUAGGACGUCCGACCGUCUCAGCCAAUCGGGGACUCCGCUACAGAUCUCCAGCCAAUCAGCGGGCCAGCUGAGGUUACUGCAGAAGUUCUCGCUGCUCCGCCUUACAGCCAUCAUGGAGAAAUACUCGCUGUCCAAUAUGCACGGCUGGACGUGGUCGGUGCCGAAGUUCACGAAGCGGACGAAGGGGCCGGAGUGCAGGGACAAGGGCGUGUUCGGAGUGCCCCUGAUAGUGCACGUGCAGCGCUGCGGCCAGCCUCUGCCGGUCUGCCUUCAGCUGGCGCUGCGCUACCUCCGGAGUCAGUGUCUGGACCAGGUGGGACUCUUCCGUAAGUCCGGAGUAAGAUCUCGGAUCCAGAGCCUGAGGCAGAUGUGCGAGGGCUCUCCGGAUGGCGUGGACUUCCAGGAUCAGUGCGCAUACGACGUGGCCGACAUGGUCAAGCAGUUCUUUCGGGACCUUCCAGAGCCGCUGCUCACCAGCAAACUCGGGGAGACCUUCCUACAUAUUUAUCAAAACGUUCCUAAAGAGCGGCGCUCGCAGGCGGUGCGGGCGGCUAUAAUGCUAAUGGCGGACGAACACAGAGAGGCGCUACAGACCCUGCUUUGCUUCCUGAGUGAUGUCACUUCCUCUGUAGAGGAGAACCAGAUGACCCCCAUGAACCUGGCCGUGUGUCUCGCACCCUCCAUCUUCCAUCUGAACAUCAUGAAGAACGACAACCUGUCGCCCAGGUUCAUCCAGCGGAAGUACGCGACAGGACGUCCUGACCAAAAGGACCUGAAUGAGAACCUUGCGGCUACUCAAGGACUCGCCCACAUGAUCGCCGAGUGUUCCCGGCUCUUUGAGGUUCCUUAUGAGACGGUCGCUCAGUCGAGGAAGUCCUACAUGCAUGCUGAGCUUCUGGCGCCCCCUUUAGGUCAACUGGGCAAACAGCAACAGCCGCUCGAUCUAGAAGAGGAGGAGGAGGUAGAGGAGGAAGAGGACGGAUCCUAUAGCUGCUAUAUGGAAGGGCAAAUCCAAAACCUGCUGAAAGAGGCCAGAGAUAAAAGCAAGUCCUGGGUGAGCCGAGGCAGCACCGACAACGUGGAGCUGUCGUUUAAAAAGGUGGGCGACGGUACCCCUCUGCGGCGGUGGCGCGUGUCUGUGGAGGUGGAGGCUCCGCCGUCCGUGCUGCUGAACCGAGUGCUGCGAGAGCGCCACCUGUGGGACACUGACCUCCUGCAGGGGAAAGUUCUGGAAACGCUGGACAAACACGCCGAGGUGUACCAGUAUGCCGUCGGGAGCCUGUCCCCCCACCCCAGCCGAGACUUCGUGGUGCUCAGGACGUGGCAGACGGACCUGCCGAAGGGGGUCUGCGUCUUAGCGUCGGUUUCCGUCGACCACGAGGACGGCGUGCCGAUGGGCAGAGUCCGAGGCGUGGUCCUGGAGUCGCACUACCUGCUGGAACCCUGCGGCUCUGGAAAGUCCAGACUUACACACAUCAGCAGAGUGGAUCUCAAGGGAAAGUCUCCUGACUGGUACAACAAAGUCUUCGGCCACCUCUGUGCGGCCGAGGCGGCUCGCAUCCGCAACUCCUUCCAACCGCUGGACCCCGACGGCCCCGAGACCAAGAUCUGAGCCCAGCUAUGGACUAAAGCCUGGGGCACUGUGGGGUCAGAACUGGAUCAUGAGUGGGGCGAGGUUACCGACAGGGUUUGGGAUCAGGGUCCAUUUUUAGGAAAGGAUUCAGAAGAGUGAUGAGUGAAAGAGGGACAGCGUGAGGUGGGAUGUCAGUGCGUUUGAGAUAAGCUUUAAUGUUACGCAGGGUAACUGGGCUUUUGGUGUAACCUUAACGACCUUAACGACAUUUUAAAAUACAGCACAUUAUUGUGACCCGUGUGUUUACAUAUAAUAAUUAUACUAAUAUUAUCAUAGUAAUUAUACAACCACGCGUCCUGUCCUAGGGUGGACAAAACUAGCGAUUGUGAGACGUACUUGUCAGUGCACUCUCUGUGCAGGUCCCAAGCCCGGAUAGAAAUAGGAGGGUCGCAUCAGGAAGGGCAUCCAGCAUAAAAACCGUACUGAGAAGGCAACCGCAAUCACCAAUAAAUAGUCAAAAUUUAAGCCACACGACUGGCUAAAGGUCCACGAUGAUUAAUAAAAUAAAUGCAUUUAUUUGAGGCUAGUUACAUUAAAAAGAAAUAAUGCUUCUAACAUGAAUUUACUACAUGAAAUCUGGU